AGAUCCUCCUCCUCUUCCUCCUCGCACCUGUUUGUCUUGCCAACUACGAACAUCCCAGGGUGUUCCUCAACACACCCUGUCGCAAGGCAAAUGGAGUGCUCUGCCAAUUCUACCACGGCAACCACGGCCCCUGGCACGAUGAGACGCACCACCACCGUAGACAAGAAACGAUCCCGCGUUGAGCAUACAUACAUUCUCAAGAACUUCGAUUAUCUGGUGAAUGUCAAGCAUGGGAUUGGUUCAACGAGGAGCUGAGUUGGGACAUGUUGCGGUGGUGAAGAGGCAGAUUCAGUCUCCUUAAAACUCGCGCCUAUCGUAUUUACCGCCGCAAGGAAAGGCAAAGGUGGUGGUGUCAGUCACAUGGGAAUCGCGACUCGGUGCUCUGAGAAGGAUUACGGUAUUACGAAGGCUUCUGUGCGCCGAAGUAAUUUCCGGCUAUACUACGGCGUGUCGCAUCAGCUCCGUCAAUCCACUUGAACACCAUGGCUGUUGGUCUGUCUUGUAUUUAAAUAAACAUGAAGAUGUCUGU